ACCAGACUGCGUUCGAAGACCUCUUUUCGUCUGCUUUGUCACACCUAGUUACAUAGAUACCGACCAACGUAAAGAAAAAGACCUGCUACUUUAUCUGUCUUAUUCUUUGAGACAAGCUAAUUUGACGUUCCAGUUGUAACUGUUUAACACAACUGUUAGCACAACUACAGCUGCUGCUACACUACUUCCCAUUUUGCGCUUUAUUGUACUGCAAAACAUAAUUGCUAUAUUAUCGUUUACAUACUUACUAUAAUUGCAAUACUACAUGGAACAAGUUGCACACUUCAGACUUUUUUUUCUUAGGAAACGAAAAAGAUGACUCUCGCGAGCAGGCUCCUUUCCUUCGUUCAUCGCCUAUCAAUGGCUACGACGAUGACCUUCUGCUUCCAGCCGCGGCCAUCCCUCUGUUUUGGUCACAAACUUACCAGACUCACCAAGAAGCUUCACCUCACCAAGAAACUUCACCUCACCAAGAAACUUCACCUCACCAAAGUGAGGUGUAGUGGGUUUGUCGACAGUCUUUUUGGGCAGUUUGGCUGCACCGAAUGUAGUUCUGCAAAUCCAGUGGCGCCUGAUGAGAUCGUCGACGUGGCGUCAGGCACAUCAAUCAAUCAUUCAAUAGUACAGCCACUGCCUGCGCUCAGUAGCAGCGCGCAGAUGAGAGAGGCGAGAGUUAUGAUAUAUUCAAUGAUGUGGACAAGGACAUGUUAGAUUUUGGUACUUCUACUACUAGACUAGAUAGAAGUAGGAGGACGAGGACUCACAGACAGGGUUCACUUGUGUCACAUACGCUUUUUUUGAUAAACAACGUCGACGUCGGUCCUUGUUGAACAAAAGGUAUGAAAAAUAAACCUGAUGGCGACCGAAGCAAACAUCAACAAGGUCUAGGUGGCCUCUCAACCGUGCCUGAAGAAGGCGACUCGACUCCGCUGCGCGGACGUUCUGAAGGCAUUUGCGAGGUUUUAAAAGUGCAGUUUCAGGAACACUGGUAGACAUGGACAUAGACGAAGUAGUAGUUGUACUACUUGACAGGACAGCACCCGCUGGUAUUUUUGAAUUUUGUUUUCUUAUCCUGGUUUACGACUAGAUUUUCAAUCCAAUUAUUAAUCGCUUCACCCACCCCCUGACAAAGUUUUCAACAACGAGAAUGAUGCCACAGCUGUUCACUUUCAUUCCGUGGCUCCUACAUCUAAUCCUUUCGCCCACCCCCUGACACUGCGAACGACGACGAUUGUUCAGGAGAAGAUGAGGACAGGGCACUGGCAGUCGGUCGACAGGGGAGCUUGAUGUCUGUGGGGAAACAAGAUUCUGUUUCUGCAAAUGUUAAGGCGUAGUGCCCAAAUUUUCCAUCUUCAGAUAGUACAUUUUGAGGGAACAUCUGAAUAAAAUUCAUCUCGAUGAUGUGUUUGGUUGCCGCAUGGUAGAAAAGAGGAAGAAGGCUUGAGAAUGGGCCUGAAGAUGUAUUCGGAUGAGCUCUAAAAACUUCGGAGCGCCAGUAGGCGCACUACGCUCUUUAGAUUCGACCGGUUCUACGAUGUCGAUGCCGUUCAUGAGGCAUGUGACUACAUUAUGGAGUGGAACCUUUUGAUAUAGUCUGUAGCUGUUCAUGAGGCAUGCGACAACACUAUGAAAAGUUGUGGUGAUUCUUUGUGCAGCAGUGGUAACAAAACCAGUAUAACCUAAACGACGCAACAAGAAUGGUGUUUCUUUCUUCCAGAAUGACGAUAUUUUAUGAACAAGCACGUUUUAUAUAUACGUACCAAUACCUAAUCGUAGUAAAGGGUCCCACCGACCCACCGAGAUAAGCUGACCCUUCUCUUUUCAUCUCGGAUCGAGGCUGCGCAGCUUUCACUUGGGCAUGUCCAGAGUGAUCAGUCGAGUCUUUGCGACUCCGAUUCUUCGCGAUCAAAGGAAAGCUGGACCUAUUCCGUUGGAUCCGAAGAAAAAUUCCAAAAAAAAAUUCCGCACUACAAAGCAGAAAGAUGCGAUCUGAGUGCGACUUUGAGUCAUUAUCCUUGGAAUCUUCGUAGUAGUAAGUAUAAUUGUUUCGAAAGAAACUGUUCUUUAGCCUUAAGGUGAAGAUCACUAGAAGAAUUAGACAAGAAAUAGAUACUUUACUACGUGCUUUUCAUCUUCCACUAGUCUAUUUCUAACCCCUCGACUCCCGCGCUGACGUGGACUCUGCACACUUUAGUCGGCAUAGUACUAGUUCGGGCGCUGAGCAUGAGCAGAUAGAUACGGGUUUGAGUCGGCGUGAACGACGUCGUCUUCGACAUGCAGCGACAUUUGGUGACCAAGACCAGCUACUUUUACGGCUCUCGAUGUCAAUUCAACUUUCUUGACUGCAUCCUUGUCAAGGGUGAAAAAGAAAUAGAGUAGCGCUGAGUCUUGUUAUGGUUUGCAUCAUGCAGAAAUAAAUUAUUAUUAUGGCUGAGUAGUAGUGUUCAAGGAUCACGCAGCAGCGUGAAGUUAUGAGUUACAAUUAGAAUUACGGAGAGGUCUAAUACAUGAGGGUAGUCGUCCUGCCCAGCCACCGAUUACAGGAAGAGAAUGAGGAGAGCAAUUUUUCGUGGAACUGCUCUGUUACUGUUUAUCAGGCUGAUGAUGUAGGAGAAUACAACUACUAGAAGAAUAUAUCUGUUACCUCUGUUACUAGAAGAAUGAACCCGUUACUAGAAGAAUGAACCUGUUGCCAAUGCCAGCGUUUGUUUACUCUUUUUGCAACAUCCAACACCUUGCCGAAUAUAGACAUUUUUUGGUAGAAGAUUCAAUCGUGAUUGACGAGAUAACUAAAAGAUGUAUCGCCGAACUAUAUUUGAAAACUAUGGCUAAACAAAAAACGUAGAACAACUAACUUGUUGUAGUAACUCCCUCGUCAGAUGAACUGCUCACGCAUAUAAUGCACACUAUGAAAAUAUUGCGAAACUUUUCAUCACCUAUGAAAAUUUAUUGUUUUCUCGCGAAAGAGAAGUUCGACCUUAUAGAUACAUAUUGCUGAAAAUCACUCGUAAUCGAAUCCAAGAGGCAGCAAGAAAGGGCAUGCAAUCAUUUUCCAUUCAACACUAAAGCCGAUUGUUCGACAGAAGGUAGUUUUUUUGCAAUUGCAUGGAUUGUUCGACGCAAGAUUUAUCAAUGCUCUUUUUUGACACAUGCUUUGUGGUGAAGAUCCGCAAUUAU